AUGAAGGUUACCGUCGUGUCCCGGAGCGGCCGGGAGGUCGUCAAGGGCGGCAUCGACCUCAAGGACUCGGCCAAGGUCGCGGAUCUGCAGGAGGCCAUCCAUGCCAGGAUUUCUGUAUUCCAUUCAUUCAUUUCUCGCAACAAAGAACUGUGGGUGUUUACAGUGUGCGGUGUGCCACUGUCAUUCAGCAAGCAGGAAUCUAUGGGCAGUUUAUCUUACAUUGAGCUAGUAAACGACCUUUCCAAGUGUCAUCUAAGAAAUAUUAUCCUUCUAGGCAGCGGCUCAACCUCCCUUUUCAACCUGGAAAGGUGGGAAGCCAGUUGUCCUCAAUCCAAGGCCAGCCUGUCAGAAUACUGCGAGAAGGGUUCUGGGUCACUGACAGUGGUCUUCAAAGAUUUAGGACCACAGGUCUACUACAGCACGCUGUUCUUCUUUGAGUACUUGGGUCCUCUUAUCAUCUACCCCAUGUUCUAUUAUUUGCCCGUCUACAAAUUCUUCGGGUACGAGGGGAACGGGUCAUCCACCCUGUCCAGACCUAUGCUAUGUACUACUGGUGCUUCCACUACUUCAAGAGGGAUCAUGGAGACGUUCUUCGUGCACCGUUUCAGCCACUUAACAUCGCCCCUGUCAAAUGUCUUCAGAAACUGCGCCUACUACUGGACCUUCGGCGCUUACAUUGCUUACUACUGCAACCACCACUGUACACCCCAGUGA